AUGCCUCAGUUGGUCGAGCCCGCUAACUUACCCCCCGUUCCAUUCAAUGGAUCCACUACUGUGUUCAGUAAUACUACCAUUCGUCAAACCCUCCAGGUCUCACUAGCAGCACAAGAGAUCCGUAUUCGACUCAGUAAUACAUUUGGGCCGAACGAGCUCAAGGUCACCAACGUGACUAUCAGUCUACCAGCGAGCCAGCAGGUGGGAGUUAGUGGUCUACAGACAGAGACAUUGAAAACCGUGUUCUUCAAUGGAGGCCCAGAUGUGGACAUCCCAAGCGGUGGUCUGGUCGUGUCUGACCCAAUAAAGUUCCCUGUUAAGGCUCAAUCGGCUCUCAUGAUCAACAUAUAUCUCGCAGAGGGACAACAAGGCUUCUCUAUUACUGGCCACCCUGGAAGUAGAACGACUUCAUAUCUCGCUUUUGGGGAUUGGACUGGCGCAGAGAACCUCACAGACUUAUCUGUUCAAAGCACGGACCAUUGGUACUUUAUCAGUGGAGUGGAGGCUUGGCUCCCUUCGCAGUCUAGUGGCUUCGUUAUCAUUGGCGAUAGUAUCACCGAUGGGCGAGGGAGCACUACAAAUGGCAAUGAUCGUUGGCCGGAUCUGUUACUAGCAAGAAUGGAAAAACAUGAACAGACAUCAAAUAUCGCCAUUCUCAACCAAGCUGCCGGGGGAAACCGUAUUCUACAAGAUAGCCUCGGUCCGAAUGUGAUCAGCCGUCUUGACCGGGACGUCCUAGCACAAUCAGGAGUGCAAUAUGCCAUGAUCUUCGAAGGCGUCAAUGAUAUUGGCGUUGCUGAUAGCAAUGCAGCCACGCAGGCGGAAAUUGAGAAGAACCUUGUGGCGGCAUAUGAACAGAUCGCGGUACGGGUGCAUGCCUUGGGUAUUCCGGUAUUUGGAGCUACUAUCACGCCAUUUGGGUCGUCGGCGACCUCCGACUAUGUGCAGACUUACUCAAGUACCGAGCGGGAGAGGACUCGUCAACGAAUUAAUGAAUUUAUCCGGCAAAGUGGCGUAUUUGAUGCGGUACUGGACUUUGACCGGGUAUUGAGGGACCCGGACGCGCCGUCUCAGUUGCUGGAAGAGUAUGAUUCAGGAGACCAUCUUCAUCCCAAUGUGGCCGGGUAUCAAGCAUUGGCUGAUUAUUUCCCCCUCGGGGUAUUCGAGUGA